AUGAUCAAGGACGCGCCCACGUCGGGCAUCGGAGCGCCGCGUGGCGAGGUCUUAGCUGGUAACCGCGGGAUGCUGGCGUGGAUGCGGUCGUGGUGCGGGCGCGUGUUCGGGCGGAAGCCGUCGCAGGCGCAGGUCGACCUCGGCGCGGGCGUCUCGCAGGCGGCCGCGAGGCCGGCGCGGGUGUCGUCACAUGUACUGUUCCAGGCGGUGCUGCUCCAAGUGGGCCCUCAGAUCCUCGACCGGCUCCCGCAGCGGUCGGCGAUCAAUGUGGCCGCGACGUGCUGGGCGGGGCUGCUGACGCUGCUGAGGCACGGAUGGCGAGUGGUGCGGGGCGACGUGGAGUGGGAACGCGCUGGUACCCGCGCAGACGUGAAGUGGGUACGUGCUGGUUCUGGAGGCUCGCUUGACGCGGAUGAUUGGGCAGAGGCCCUGUACGAACAUCGGAUUUGUGUGGAAGAGGAGCGGAUCGUGGCACCCGUCCUGAAGCUCAAAAGCGUCGACGGUCUGAUGCGUGGUCUGGCACGGCGUGUCCGCGCUGGGACGUCGUACGUCGGGAAGCUCCAGGUGCAGGCGGUCAUGAUUGACGACUCCAGGUGCAGCAUGCUCAUCGAUGUCCAGGACGUGCGGGCGCUGUACGAUGCGGCAGUGGAGGCGAUCGCGGACGACGAGGACAUGCGGACCUCGUGCAGCGGUCUCGCAAGCGUGCUGGAGGCGUCCACGUACCCGGGCAUGACGCCGUUGCGAAUCCGCCGGCUGCGUGCCACCGCCGGCUCCCGUCAUCUUGAGCAACUGGCGUCAUUCUCUGACCUUUGGUCUGCCCUCGAGAUACCAGCGGUGUGUGUCAACAUCGAGGAGAUCUGCCUCCACGGCUGCGGUCUGGAUGAGGCAGCUACAACGCGCGCGCUGGACGCGCUCGCCGCCAACGCGGGCUCGCUGCGGGUGCUGGACAUCUGCGGCUGCAAGGUCGGACUGCAAGGCGACCUGGCCGUGGCGCGGCUAGUGCAUGGCUCAGCGAGCCUGCGAGAGCUUCGCAUGUUCGAGACUGGCAGUUCCAAGAGAGGCACUGUUGCCAUCUCUAAGGCGGUGUGCCAGAGCGGGACGGUCAAGGUGCUGGAACUGGACGACGUGCUCGGCGAACGUGCGGUGGAUGCGCUUGCUGCGUACGGGAGCGGCGCUGUGGAGCGCUUGGACCUGGGCCGCGGCUUGUCUGAGGCAGCGCUCUCCAAGCUUGCUCUUGCUGCCUUCGGAAGCGAGCUCGUCGAGCUGACAUUUUGCGAUGCGGCAUUGUGCGAUGCGGAAACAACAGCGUCUGGCGCAGCAUUUCCAGGCCAGCCGUUCUUGGCGUCCCUCGUUGCAGAGAGCAACAGUCUGCGACGGCUCGUUAUGGAUUCCUGCAGUUCCGAGUACUGUAGGCUGUUGGGACCCGAUGUCUUCCUCGCUGUCGCCAACAAUCCGUCGCUGCCCCUGGAGCGGCUGUGGAUAUUCAAUGCAGAGAUGUACAACGGAUCAGAAGCGAUUUCUUCGAUGCUGGCGGCGAGCAGCACGCUGGUGGACCUCCGGUUGCUCGGCGCAGGACUGUCGGAUGCGGCAGCCGAGCAUCUAGGGCAGGGCUUGGCGAGAAGCACGUCCCUGCGCAUCUUCCUUGUGUCCGGAACCGACUUCGGGACGCGGGCCGUCGAGAGGCUGCUGCAGGCUGUCGCGGGAAGCAAGCUGCAGUUCUUCAAGAUGGAGUGGAACAGGUUUCCUUCCGCUGGAGUCGUGACCAUCUGCGAGGAGCUCUCGAGGAGCACCACACUCAGGGUCUUGGAGCUCGGUGGGGAUGGGUUGACCUCUGUGGAGCUCCGCGGGAUGCAGUCCUUCGCAGCGGGGCUCGCACGCAACACCACGCUGCGCGUCCUCAACAUUUCCGCUUUGAGGUGCCGAGCCGGCGUCCUCGCGGGUGCCCUACGCAUCAAUCGGGCUCUGAGGUACCUGAGAUUGGAGCGCAUUGGCCUUGACGACGACGGCGCUUCCCUUCUAGCACUCGCGCUGAAGAGCAACAGGGACCUCCUGAUUCUGAGUCUCGACAUCGCCCAGGAGAACAGCAGCGAGACCGCGCGAUGCAUGAAGGAGGCACUGCAGACGAACAGGGUGCUGGAGCACUUGCACGUCCGUGUCCAGCGCAACGACGGGCAGAUGUGGACGGAUACGUUGGUCCGGGCGAACAGCCGAAGCUACCCGCGGAUCCACGUGCGUGAGAACUAG